AUGAAGUCCGCCAUUAUCUUGCUAGUAGCGAUUAUACAGUUAACACCCGCUGCCGAACCCGAUGCUGAGUCACUUUUAAGAAAGGUUUCAGAACUCACACUCUCUGAAGACGGAAAACUUAACUUUACACAACUAGUGACUAAAUAUGGACACACAGCCGAACAAUAUGAAGUUGCCACUAAAGAUGGAUACCUCCUCAAGUUAUUUCACAUCCCUGGAAAACGGUCUUCAGUUCUGUUGACCCAUGGACUCGGGGCUGACGCAGAUCUUUACGUCAUCAGAGGUCACGGCUCAUUGGGGAUUGCUCUAGCGGAUAGAGGAUACGACGUGUGGCUCCUCAACAACAGAGGUACGAAGUUCAGCAGACGUCACACUGCACUGGACCCUGACAAGGACAAAAAAUUCUGGGAUUACAGUUUUCACGAGAUGGGCUACUAUGACCUCGCCGCUGCAAUAGAUUUUGUUCUCCAUCAAACCGGCGAGGAGAAGAUUAUGGCUAUUGGUCAUUCUCAGGGAGCAUCACAAUUUUUCGCACUGACAUCACUGAGAACAGAAUACAAUCAGAAGGUAAAAUUGUUUCUUGCAUUAGCACCUGGCGCAUUUUUCUUUAAUAUGCCGCCUUUGUUCCAAAUAGCUGCUGGUGCUGGUCCUUUACUCUUAGAGCUUGCGAAAAUACUUGGAAUAGAGGAACUUUGUAGGGAUCGCGGAGCACUUGUCACCCUGAUUAAAAUAAUUUGUACUAAAGGUAUUAUCAGUUACGAAGUGUGCGUUAAAGGUGCAAUUUUUCCUUUCCUCGGGUAUAACCCAGCGGGCUUCGAGUUAAGCUUCUUACGAACCGUAUUGGGUCAUGCUCCCAGCGGGUUAUCAAGAAAAUGUUUAGAGCAUUACGAUCAGCUGUACUUGCGUAAGAAAUUUGGCCAGUUCGACUACGGUGUUAGUGGAAAUUUGGGUAAGUACGGGCACCCGAAUCCACCAGAUUAUGCCUUGAGCAAAGUAACAACAGAUGUAGCCUUGAUGGCUGGAGAGCUUGAUACACUUUCUCUGGUACAGAAUGUAAAAGUAUUAAAAAAUCAGUUGCCGAAUGUGGUUCAUUUUGAGGUAAUUGAAGCCACGACACAUACUGAUUUCGUUGUAAGUGGAGAAGCAUCUAUAUAUCUAUUUCCAUCUAUCUUCAGGCUUCUGCAGGAAUAUGAUUAGC